GGAAUCUUGACAUGUUGAAACAGCGAAAAAUCGCGGCUGCCAAAAAAAGUUACCCAUACGCCAAUGCACCGCUGGCAAACGAGUAUUACGCAAACGCAUUGCCCAACAUUGUGCCAGCAAAUGUGCUGCCAAGCGGCGUUGUGCCUACAAAUCUAUUGCCGAACGCCUACCUGCCAGCAAAUAUGUUGCCGACCAUGCCUAUAUGCCAACAACAAGUGAAGCCUAGAUUGGUGGAAGCAGUGGACGUACCAAGGAGAGUAUGUGCAAAUCCAGUACCAGUUAAGGCACCAGUUGUGAUUAAAGAACAACCAGCGUUACCAGCACCACUGGUCAACCCGUUUUUGCCCGCAGCAUCACCGGUGUCGGCACUAGCCCCAACAACGUCAAGUCUGUUGCCACCUGCAGAUUAUAAUAAUUGUAGAUGCAACUUUUUGAGAAAGAUACCUAUUCCGCCGCCUUCAUUGUAAAAUAGUGCACCCAAACGCUCGUUUACACGGUCGAACCUCACCGCGAGUAGGUUUAUUUGCUCAAUGCAUGUACGCGUAUGUACGUGUUUACAUGUGCUGGCAUAAGUUACGACUCCCUUGCUUAUCAUAUACAAUGACAUGCAACGUGUAGUUGGACAUAAAAAAUUGUUACGCACUGCUAUGUCCUAGUAAUUGUGGUAAGCCAUUGUCAAAGUGAUGGUCAAGUAAUCUUUAUUUCACAAGUAAACAAAUUACACUUGAAAUAGUCAUAUUGAUUAAACUCUACUGUUCAUUAUUAAGGUAGAUUCCCUUGAGAAGAAUGAGCAAGACACUUUAGGAGUUGUCUUUGUGAGUGUACAUUUGAAUACACUUAUCAUUAACAAUAUUUAAUUCAAAUACCUUAGAUCGACAAUAUCUGCAAGAGCUAAACGUGUACUAGAAUGGAAGUUUGUCAUACAAGUACGCAGAAGCUGUAUGAGGUUUUUGUGUCAUUAUAUUUUAAAUCUCGUACUGGGCAAAAUUUGAAUAUUAACCGGAAUCGUAUUAUCGAAGCGUACACAUUGCCCCUUAAAUAUGGAAGAAGCUAGAAUAUAAAUUAUAAAUAAACUAGAUGUUUUUGACAGUCGUCCUCAUAAAGUCACACAUUGAUAUAAUUAGCUACAGCAAAUUUUAAUACAACAGAAACAAGGGAAAUAAGUUCGGUAAUGAGACUGUAAAAUUCGUUAUACAGUCAUAAUAUGUAGUUAUAUAUUUUUUUAUAACUAUACUGGCAAUAUCAAGUUGCAAGAGUCGCCAAAAUGAUUAAUUAUAAAAUUGCUGGUACUGUUUUAGUGUUCACGGAUUGAAAACGUUUCUAUACAUCGAUCUUUCUUUAUGUUAAUCGAUCACCGUAUGUUUUUCAAGACGCUUUACAUUAUAACGUUAUGAUAUAUAUAUCACAACAGUCGUGUAAAAUUAUUGAUAAAGAAAAUGUAAGUUAUUCUCGUAGUCUAGCGGCGUUGGAACAUGUAAUUUUCUAAUAUAAAUAUACAAACUCAUCGCUAACAAAUUCAAC